AUGGAGGAGGAGAUGCAGCCGGCAGAGGAGGGGCCCAGCGUCCCCAAAAUCUACAAGCAGCGCAGCCCCUACAGUGUCCUCAAGACCUUCCCGGGCAAGAGACCGGCUCUGGUCAAACGCUACGAGAGACCCACCCUGGUGGAGCUGCCGCACGUCCGGGCGCCCCCGCCGCCCCCGCCGCCCUUCGCGCCGCACGCCCCGGUCUCCAUCAGCAGCAGCGAGCCGCCGCCGCAGCAGCAGCAGCAGCAGUUCCAGGCGCAGGGCUCCUUCCCCGCGGGGCCCGGCCGGGCCGCCGCCUCGUCGUCGUCGCCGUCCUGCACGCCUGCCGCGUCCCAGGGCCACCUGAGGACUCCGGCGCCGCCGCCCGCCUCCCCCGCCGCCUCGUCGUCGUCGUCGUCGUCCUUCGCCGCCGUGGUCAGGUACGGCCCGGGCCCGGUGGCGGCAGUGGGAAGCGGCGGCGCGGGCAGCGACGGCGGCGGCAGCCUGGAGCUGAGCACAGAGAGUCGCAUGAUCCUGGAUGCCUUUGCCCAGCAGUGCAGCCGAGUUCUCAGCCUCCUAAAUUGUGGAGGGAAGCUCCUGGACUCCAACCAUCAUUCUCAAUCCAUGAUUUCUUGCGUAAAGCAGGAAGGCUCGAGUUACAGCGACAGGCAGGAGCAGUGCCACAUCGGGAAAGGAGUCCACAGCCAGACCUCAGACAAUGUAGACGUAGAAAUGCAAUAUAUGCAGAGGAAACAACAGACUUCGGCCUUCUUGAGGGUUUUCACUGACUCUCUACAAAAUUACUUGCUCUCGGGGAGCUUCCCGACUCCGAACACCUCCUCAGUCAGUGAGUACGGGCACCUGGCUGAUGUGGAUCCUCUGUCCACUUCCCCCGUGCAUACACUAGGCGGCUGGACCUCCCCGGCAACGUCAGAGUCCCAUGGCCACCCAUCCUCUUCCACACUGCCGGAAGAGGAGGAGGAGGAAGAAGAGGAAGGCUAUUGUCCCCGGUGCCAGGAGCUGGAACAGGAAGUUAUUUCCCUGCAACAAGAAAACGAAGAGCUGAGAAGGAAAUUAGAGAGUAUCCCAGUGCCCUGCCAGACUGUUUUAGAUUACUUGAAGACAGUCCUUCAGUACCACAACCAGCUAAUGAUACCACAGUCAGCUGAUCAGCCCACCGAGGGGAGCAAGCAGCUGCUGAACAACUAUCCAGUCUACAUAACAAGCAAGCAGUGGGACGAGGCGGUAAACUCUUCUAAGAAAGAUGGCAGACGGCUCCUUCGCUAUCUCAUCAGAUUUGUUUUCACAACCGAUGAGCUUAAGUACUCUUGCGGCCUUGGGAAAAGGAAAAGGUCAGUGCAGUCAGGAGAGACAGGUCCUGAAAGACGCCCUCUGGAUCCAGUUAAAGUAACAUGCCUUCGAGAAUUCAUUAGGAUGCACUGUACCUCCAACCCCGAUUGGUGGAUGCCCUCGGAGGAGCAGAUUAACAAAGUGUUCAGCGAUGCAGUGGGUCAUGCCCGACAGGGCCGGGCCGUGGGGACCUUCCUGCACAAUGGCGGCUCAUUCUACGACGGGAUAGAUCACCAGGCUUCGCAGGAUGAAGUCUUCAAUAAAAGCUCCCAGGAUGGGUCUGGGGAUUAG